GACGAGGGUCGUGACAUCUUGACAUUAGCCGCACGCUUUAGCUGUCCGCUAUGCACUAGAGCUUCUAGAGGCCUGCGCUGAAUAUGCCCAAACCAUCUCAGCCGAUGUUGGGCAAGCUUCUUUUCAAUUGGUGCUACCCCAACUCUAUCUCGUAUAUCAUCAUUCCGGACUCGAUCCUUCCUCGUGUGGCCAAACACAUGCGCAUCUCCGCCAUACCUAACUGUUGAACAUGUCGUCUUUUAGUCGGCCAACACUCAGCGCCAUAAAACAUAGCGGGUCGAACCGCCGUCCUAUAGAACUUGCCUUUCAGCUUUUGUGGCACUCUCUUGUCACAGAAAAUGCCAGAAGCUUGGCGCCACUUCAUCCAUCCGGCUUUGAUUCGAUGGUUCACAUUUUCAUCAGUACCCCCAUCCAUCUGCAGCAUUAACCCCAAAUAUCGAAAGGUGUCCUUCUGACCACCUGCCCAUCAAGGCUAACCUCUUCCUCGCGCCUAGUAGUACUGAAACUGCAACUCUGGGUUUCAUCUCCAUAAAAGUGGUUGAGUCUUUACGUUGACUCGCCAAGCCUAUCACAACCCUCCUCCUUUACCCGGGCUUGGGACCGGUUAUGUUGAGACUGUUAGAGUUAUAAUAUAAGUCAUGUAUACCCCUUUGUAUUUAUCCCGUAGUAUAAGGGGUUUCCUGCAUAUGUACCACACCUGUACAUGUAUAUAUAUCGGCCUAUGGCCUCAUGGGAAUACAAGUUGCUUAUUCCUAACAUGGUAUUAGGGCUAGGUCAAUUUUUUGCACGCCGCAACUCGUGCUAUUGAUCCGUCCUGAUCGAGUCGGCCGCCGCUGCUCCCGCUCGAAGUCACCCCUCCUGCUCGAAGUCGUCGUCGACCGCGGUUGCUCCCGCUCGAAGCUCCCUCCCCGCCGACGCUCCCUCCCGCUCCCGCGGAGUCGGCCGCCGCUGCUCCCGCUCGAAGUCGCCGUCCUCCCGCUCGAAGUCGUCGUCGACUGCGGCUGCUCCCGCCCGAAGCUCCCUCCCGCUCGAAGUAGGCCGCCGCCGCAGCUCUCCCCGUGCUCGGCCACCGUGACCUGCGGGCCUUCGUGCUCUCCCUCGCGCGCCCCCGUACCAGGCCCCGCGGCCGCUGUUCGCGCGUGGUCUCCCGUGGUCUUCCGCUUGCUGUUCGGUGGUUCCUCUGAUUCCGGGUCUCUUCAAAAAAAAAUGUCUGCUGCAUCGGGCUAUGUUUCUGUCCCUCGCUGUCCGGUGAUCUUUGAUGGUACUAACUACACCGAGUUCGCUGGCUUCAUGCGCAUUCACAUGCGUGGCAUCCGUCUCUGGGGUGUUCUUUCUGGCGAGGUCUGCUGUCCGCCACGUCCGGUUCCUCCGGUGGCCCCUACUCUGCCGACUCCACUGGUUCUUCCUACGGAUGCUAAUCAGGCCGCCAAGGAUGCGGCUAAGAUUGCUGAUGAGGCUGCUGAUCGUGCCUAUGAUGAGCGGGCUUUGGCUUAUGAGGAGGCUCUUCAGACGUAUCAUGGUGCUUUGUCUGUUUACACUCGGUGGCUUGAUGAUGAUGCUCGUGCUGCAGCUGUUCUCACUGCUAGUGUUCUGCCUCAGUUUGCUUCUGAGUUUCUGGAUCUUCCUACUGUCUUCCAGAUGUGGACCUGUCUUCGUCAGCGCUAUGAGCCCUCUGGUGAUGCCUUAUAUCUUUCUGUGGUUCGUCAGGAGCAUGCUCUUCAGCAGGGUGACUCUACUGUUGAUGACUUUUAUGCACAGAGUUCUGCUAUCUGGCGCCAGCUUGAUUCUCUCCGCAGUGCUGGUUGUCGUACUUGCCCCUGCUGCCAGGCUGUCCAGGCCGAUUUGGAGUUUCAUCGCGUCUAUGAGUUCCUGUCUCGGCUCCGUAAGGAGUUUGAGCCCCGGCGUGCUCAGUUGUUUGCUCGUGGCCGUAUUUCUCUCAUGGAGGCGCUUUCAGAGAUUCGUGCUGAGGAGACUCGCCUACGUGGUGCUGGUUUGCUGGAGGUUCCCUCUGUGCUCGCUACUCGGGUUUCUUCCACUCCACCUGCUGCACCGCCCCAUUCUCGCUCGAGUGCUCCGCCGCUCUUGCCCACUCCUUCUGAAGGCUCAGGUCGGCCCCGUUCACAUUGUGACUACUGCAACAAUGAUGGUCAUGUUGAGUCCCGUGCUACACCAAGCGGAAACACCUGCGCAAGGCGCGAUCAUCCUCCUCAGGGACUUCGUCAUCUCCCUCGCCAGCUUCAGCCAUUGCUUUGACUGAGCAGGAUAUUCUGAGACUUAAGCGUCUGCUCGCGGCUUCAGGUUCUUCCUCGACGGGUACUGCUGGUUCUGUGACUGAUGCUUCCCGCACUGAGCACCCGCCCUCUACACAGUCAGGAUCGUCGCACGCACACUCUGGUUGGGGCUGGCCCUCGCCGCCGUGAUUCUCAGGGUCUUUGGGAGUUAGACUGGCUUCAUGUUCCUUCCGCUGCCACCACCAUCGCCAGUUCCUCCGCUGCUGUCGCUUCUGUUACUGGUUCCUUCAAGCAGUGGCAUCAUCGACUUGGUCAUCUGUGUGGUUCUCGAUUAUCGUCUUUAGUUCGUCGAGGUCUUCUGGGGUCUGUCUCAGGAGAUGUCUCUUUAGAGUGUCAGGGUUGUCGUCUUGGCAAGCAGAUUCAGCUACCAUAUUCUCAUAGUGAGUCAGUGUCUCAGCGUCCUUUCGAUUUAGUCCAUUCUGAUGUAUGGGGUCCGGCUCCUUUCACUUCGAAAGGUGGUCAUAAAUACUAUAUUAUUUUCAUCGAUGAUUUUUCUCGUUACACAUGGCUUUAUUUCAUGACUUCACGUAGUGAGGUGUUGUCUAUUUAUAAGCGUUUUGCUGCCAUGGUUCAUACUCAGUUCUCUUCACCCAUUCGUGUUUUUCGUGCUGACUCCGCUGGUGAGUAUAUCUCUAAGAUGUUGCGUGGUGUCCUUGCUGAGCAGGGUACUCUUGCCCAGUUCUCUUGUCCUGGUGCUCAUGCUCAGAAUGGUGUGUCUGAGCGCAAGCAUCGUCACCUUCUUGAGACGGCUCGUGCUAUGAUGAUCGCCGCCUCUCUUCCGCCUCAUUUUUGGGCCGAGGCUAUCUCCACUUCUGUCUAUCUCAUCAACCUUCAGCCAUCUGCUGCUUUGCAGGGUGGUGUUCCUUUUGAGCGUCUGUUUGAUCGCUCUCCCGAUUAUUCGAUGCUUCGCUUGUUUGGUUGUGUUUGCUAUGUUCUUCUUGCCCCUCGCGAACGCACCAAACUGACCGCUCAGUCUGUUGAGUGUGUCUUCUUAGGCUACAGUGAUGAGCAUAAGGGCUAUCGUUGUUGGGAUCCUGUCGAUCGUCGGAUGCGUAUCUCUCGAGAUGUGACUUUUGAUGAGUCUCGUCCUUUUUAUCCACGACCAUCUUCCUCGGUCUUUUCAGUGAAGGAUAUCUCUUUUCUCACUUUUCCUGACUCCCCUAUCACUCCCGUCGCGCCUGUGCCUAUUCGUCCCACUCCCUCUGCUUCUCCACCCCUCGUCGAUUCACUGCCACCAUCUUCCCCGGUCUCCUCACCUAGCAUGUCACCGGAUUCUACACCUUCAUCUCCGGUGACUUCUUCGUCGCCACCCCCUGAUUCUACCUUGGUGAUUCCUCCUUCUCUUGUUCCAUCUCUUCCGCAGCAUUACACUCGUCGUUCACGACCUGUGGAUGCUUCCUUGGAUGAGUCGUCCUCUUCCUCUCAGCCUACUUAUGGCCUGCGUGCUCGUCCUCGUCCGCCUAUUGAUCGCUUUGGCUUUCCCACCGCUGGUGCUGCUGUUCUUGAGCCGACUUCUUACCGUCAGGCUGUUGUUCAUCCUGAAUGGCAGUUUGCGAUGGCGGAGGAGAUUGCUGCUCUUGAACGCACUGGUACCUGGGAUCUUGUUUCUCUUCCUCCCGGAGUCCGUCCCAUCACUUGUAAGUGGGUCUACAAGGUUAAGACUCGCUCCGAUGGUUCUCUUGAGCGUCACAAAGCUCGUCUCGUGGCUCGUGGUUUUCAGCAGGAGCAUGGUCGUGAUUAUGACGAGACUUUUGCUCCUGUGGCCCAUAUGACCACUAUUCGUACACUUCUUGCCGUUGCCUCUGCACGCCACUGGUCUAUAUCUCAGCUUGAUGUUAAGAAUGCCUUUCUUAAUGGUGAGCUGCGUGAGGAGGUGUACAUGCAGCCACCACCUGGGUAUUCUGUUCCUGAUGGCAUGGUGUGUCGUCUUCAUCGCUCUCUCUAUGGCCUUAAGCAAGCCCCUCGCGCCUGGUUUGAGCAUUUUGCUUCUGUGGUCACUACUGCUGGUUUUUCAGCAAGUGCUCAUGAUCCCGCAUUGUUUAUUCACCUUUCUCCUCGUGGCCGGACUCUUCUUCUCUAUGUUGAUGAUAUGGUCAUCACUGGGGAUGACCCCGAGUAUAUUGCCUUUGUAAAGGCCCGUCUUAGUGAGCAGUUUCUUAUGUCUGAUCUUGGACCUCUUCGCUAUUUUCUUGGGAUUGAAGUCUCUUCUACCUCUGAUGGCUUUUUUAUAUCCCAGGAAAAGUAUAUCCAGGAUCUCCUUGCUCGUGCUGCUCUUUCUGACGAGCGCACUGUUGAGACUCCUAUGGAGCUCAAUGUUCACCUCCGUGCUACUGAU